UCCCAAUCCGCAGCGGUACGUCACGACCUGUGCCAGCGAAUGGAAGCGGUGAGGGGGCGGAGCCGGCGGGGGAGACGCUGGGUCAGAGCUCGCGGUGGGGUGGCGGGGUCUCGAGCGCGGAGCUGACAGGAGGACGGCAGCGCGAGCCUCAGGGGGAGCGUGUCCUGAAGUAGCAGAUGUUUAAUGGCGCCCGUUCCCAGCCGCUGAGCUGUGUGCGAGGCCGGGACGGAUAAGAGAUGCAUCUGAUCGCCCACAUGGAGCUGCGACUCAUAUCCUCGUCAGAUGGGAAGAUGAGUUAGCCAAAGAGAUUUGUUCUUUUAAUGUUUCCGUCUGGGCUUUGAUUUGGAUCGCACAGGCAGGCCCUGUGUGUGUUACUCCAACAACUUCCCUCCCUCCAACUGCUGCAGAUCAUGAGGUGCCGAAUAUAUAAAAGGAAAGUCGUCGUCCUCGCUCUGGUGGUGGUAGCCUGCGGCUUGGCCCUGUGGAGCAGCGGGAAACAAAAGAAAGACGCUGUGCAAGACGCUGAGCUGGAGAAGCCGCACAGCAGGGUGCAUGUGUCACCGGGGAUCAGGAAAAUGGCCAACGAGUCCGCGGCGGAGAAAGUACAGAAGCCGGAAGUGGAUAACAUGACCCUGGUGUACAGAUCGGUGGUUUUCCAGCUUAACUUUGACCAAACCGUUAAAAAUGCGGACACCAUAAAACGCCCUGCGGACGAUGUAGUGAUCGUAGUGCAGGUGCACAAUCGUCCCGAGUACUUGCGCUACCUCCUGGAGUCUCUGCGCAGAGCCAAGGGCAUAGAGAACGUCUUGUUGAUAUUCAGCCACGACUACUGGUCGCCGGAAAUUAACCAGAUUGUCGCCGGUGUAGAUUUUUGUCAAGUGCUUCAGAUAUUUUUCCCUUUCAGCAUCCAGCUCUACCCGAAUGAAUUCCCGGGGCAUGACCCUAAGGAUUGUCCCAGAGACAUCGAGAAGAAGGACGCCAUCAGGCUCGGCUGCAUCAACGCCGAAUACCCCGACUCGUUCGGACAUUACAGAGAAGCCAAGUUCUCCCAGACGAAGCAUCACUGGUGGUGGAAGCUGCACUUUGUCUGGGAGAAGAUAAAAGCCUUGAAAGACCACAAGGGUCUGGUCCUGUUAAUCGAAGAAGAUCAUUACCUGGCCCCCGACUUUUAUUACGUCCUCAAGAAGAUGUGGAACAGGAAGAACGAGGAAUGCCCCGAUUGUGACGUCUUGACCCUCGGGACCUACACCCGGCUCCAGACGUUCUCCGAGAAAGCAGAUAAAGUGGAGGUGAAGACUUGGAAGUCGACAGAACACAACAUGGGGAUGGCCAUGAGCAGGGACACCUACCAGAGACUCAUCCAGUGCACGGACGCGUUUUGCUCUUACGACGACUAUAACUGGGACUGGACCCUCCAGCAUCUGACUGUAACUUGUCUUCCUAAGUUCUGGAAAGUUCUGGUCCCCGAGGUUCCCAGGAUUUAUCACACGGGAAGCUGUGGAAUGCACCAUAAGAAAUCAUGUAAACCGACGACAGAAAGUGCCAAACUGGAGGCUCUGUUCACAGGCAACCAGGAUUACCUGUUCCCCGAAAACCUAGUGAUCAGCAAGCGAUACUCCAUGGCGGCCUUGUCGCCUCACGUGAAAAAUGGCGGAUGGGGCGACAUUAGAGACCACGAGUUAUGUAAGAGCUAUCGCAGACUGCAGUGACCUCUUCCCGUCUUUUUAAGUUUGUACUAUGGCGGACGCCUCUCCAGGUUUAUGCUGUCAUUUCAAUAACCAGUUUUCGUCCCAUGUUGUCCCCUGAUCGUCCGUCGUUUCUAUCCGGGUGGAAUCCGACCAGAAGAGAAACUUGAUUUCUGCCUCUUUUAUUUCUUGAUACUAAUUUCAGAUUCGCAUUAUCUGUAACACGGCCAUCCAAAUCCUUUUCAAAAUAAAUGAUUAUGAAGUGA